UCUAAACUGAUGAUCCAACGAGCAGCCAAGGGAGUGGCGUCAGUCAAGUUCUUUGAGCUCUGCGAGGUGCCUCUUGGCGCUGCUGAUUACUUCGCCCUCUGCAAGAACUUCCACACUCUGGCCAUGGAGGGCAUUCCCGCGUUUGGGGCUUCCAAUAGAGGGGCGGGUUACCGCUUUGUUACGUUAAUAGAUGUGAUGUACGAGCACAAGACGCGCCUGGUCUGCUCUGCAGAGGGCACGCCCUUUGAGCUCUUUGAGCGCGUGGUUACCAUCGCAAACGCGCCACGUAGGACGGCUGCCAGGUCAGCAAAGACCGAGGACGCUGAUGUGGCGGUGGACGAUGAGCUGGGAUUCGCUAAGGAUCGUACGGUCAGCAGGAUGAUGGAGAUGCAGAGUACCGAGUAUGAGCAAGACAAUGCAGCAGCAUACAAGCACAUGUUACCGCAACAACAUUAAUUGGUUCAACUUGCAGCAAUAAAAAUAUGUGCAUCUU